AUGGGCAGCGUGACAGACCCGACGUCAGCACCGGUCGAAGCCUUCGACAAGGAAGCACUGGUGAAUCGGAAUCCGCAUCGCAAUUUUGCUGCCGUCGAAGCAUCUCGACCAGACUACGACGCAGCAUCUGCCUGGCGGCCUACCAAGACUCCCAACCCCUCCUGGAAGUACGGAGAUGGAGCAAAUGAUGAAGACUGGAAGUCACAUGAUGUCCUCGACAUCGAUCCCAGCGAACCUGGACGACCUACCAACCUCAACUACAAGCUGAUGAUCUCAAGCACGGUGCCACGACCCAUUGCAUUACUCAGCUCCAUGUCCAGCACCGGGGUCCAGAAUGUGGCGCCUUUCAGUUAUUUCCAGGCAGUUUGUGCUGAUCCGCCUCUCUACUCCGUUUGUUUCGUCGGAGAGCAAGCCAACGACAGCCUCAGCAACGUUCUGGACACGAAGCAAGCAUGCAUUAGCAUUAUCAGCGAUCAUUUCAUCGAGGCUGCAAACGCCACUUCGAUCAACACUCCGCCGCAUCUCUCGGAAUGGCCGAUGUCUGGUUUGCAUCCACGACCGGCGAAACUGGUCAAGCCUUCGUACGCAGCGGAGGCGGUCUUCUCGAUCGAAUUGAGGUAUCACUCACAUCAAGACAUCACCAGCCCGCAGUCGGGCCAGCGAAGUGCGACUUUAGUCCUGUUGGAGGCUGUUCUGUUUCAUGCGUGGCAAGAUGCCGUCUCCUCCGACAAGGCCACAGUAAACCUCGCGAAGUUGAGGCCAGUCUUCAGAGCAGGCGGGAUCACUUAUGGAACAUGUUUCAAUGGGUUUGAGCUCCCGCGUCCGGAGGCUUAUCGUAAGGUCAGAGAAGGCGAGGGGGUGCAGAAAUUGGUGGGCGAGAUGGAAGGUGGUAGACUGUGA